AACGACCUUUAUCUAUUUUUCAGGCAUUUAAAGGACGCAGCCCGAUGCUGUGGUUUGCCACUAGUUUGGAUGCUGUCGGACGGGAAGGACGCGGUCAAUGCGAGAAUAGCAGAGCACAAAAAUACUUUGUAUUUUGUUGGCAUUUCUCGACUUCUGUCCGCUGUCGAUUCCUUGUUUCGAAAUUUCGCAUUGUUCCAAAAUAGUGUGCAUUGCUUCUGAUUGGGCUAAAAAAUCAUUUUUAUUGUUUCUAUUGACAAGAGAGUUACCGGACAGUAAGAAAAGUAACAGGCUUAGUGUAUUCCGAUAGAACAAGUAGAAUUAGUAAAAGUCUAAGACCUAUCAGUACAAGGAGAUUGCAUGACUGCAAGAUUCCACUGUCUUGCCACUGAACAAGAGUUGAGUGUACAUUAGUCUCACGAUGAGUACCACCGUUGCAACCAGCUCACCAGCCGUGACCACCGCCUCCUCAGUCACCGCCAUGCGCCGCCGCUGUCGGCUGGCCGGGCUCAGGAGCCAUCACCGGAACCUCUCCCCGAGCCUGAACAGCAUCAGCCUGCGGGUCGAGCCCGAGCCCAGCGCGAGCACGGCGGUGGAAGAAAAGGGCUCAGACAGCGAGACCGAGGCUGAGGUCCGAGAGGACAGGCUGAAGUACCUGAUCCUGUACGUGCUGCUCUUCUUCCUGGCACUACAGGUGGACAUCCGGUCAGUCAGGAAACACUUCCUUCGCGAUGAACUCCAGUACACUGACGGCUUUGAGCGCCAGGCUCUCUUCCACAACAAUGACAAGCUCAUCAGCGUGGAGGACCUGUGGAAGGCAUGGAAGCACUCUGUAGUCUACAACUGGACAGUGGAUGACGUCCUAGAGUGGCUCAUUCAGGACGUCGACUUGCCUCAGUACAAGCAAGCUUUUCACAACAAUGGCAUUGACGGAUCCGUGUUGCCUAGGCUGGUCAAUGCAACAGGCCCACUUUUGUCCUCUCUGGGUAUUAGAAACCCUGUACAUAAACAGAAGCUGUCACUCAAAGCCAUGGACACUGUCCUUUUCGGAGCGCCCAAACGAGUCCACAGCUAUGCCAAAGACCUUCUCCUUAUCUCCUCCUUGAUCAUUGCCAUAGGAGGCUGCUGGUUUGCUUGCCUACACCACCGCUACUCACAGACACAGGUCAAGAAGAUGAUGAAGGAUUUGGAGUCUUUGCAGAAAGCUGAAGAUGCCUUGAAGAAGCUCAGUAAAGAGCUUGCAGAUGCAGAGAAAAAUCAAAUUUCCAUGCCACAUGAUAAGUCAGAAGAGCUGAGAAUUUUACGGCAAAGUCUGGGCAACAUGCGCUCCUGUUUGAGGAGGCAUAUCAAUCUAUUUGACCAAAACUCCAUUCGUUUAAAAAUCCCCCAAGUUGCGACUGGAGAGAAGUCUCCAGUCAGCCUGAGCAGGGAGGGUUCAAUUCUGCGAAGGAAAGAAGGGGAGAGAAAGCUCCAACAAGCAGAGGAAGAGUUAGCUUCUCUUAGGGAGGCCCUGACAGAGGCAGAAAACAGGCUGGAAAUUCAGCAACAGCUGGAGAGUCAGUGGUCAGUACCUGGUGAACUUCAGGCUUGGCUUCAGCUGACCCAUGAACUGGAACAGAUCCAUUACAAUGCCAAGAGGCAGGCUGCAGAGAGGCAGUUAAUGCUUGCUAGAGAUGGGUGUGAUAAAAUCAAGAAAAGGAACAAGGCAUUUUUCGGUUCCUUGCGUAUGGCUCACAGCAACUCAUUAGAUGACAUAGAUCAGAGCAUACUUGAUGCCAGGGCUGCUCUUGAAGAGGUGAAACAAGACUUACAAGAGAGGCUCCAUAGGUGGCACACCAUCGAGCUUCUGUGUGGGUUCUCUGUGAUAAGUAACCCUGGACUUUUAGCUCUAAGACAAGCUUUAGGACGUGAUCCUGGAGGCAAUUUAAGUACAAGACUACCUGGCUCACUGCUGGCUCCUGUAUCUAUUGAUGAAGCAGAUGAAGACCUACCUCCAACAGCCUUUCUAAGCACGCUACAGACUUUACAAAAUGCCAACACAGCGUGUUCCCGUCCUCGAGCUCUGUCGGCAGAUGAGAACAACGAGACCGAAAAUAUUUAUAACCAGAUUCCGGAGAGACAGCGCCAGCAGAUAUUUGCCUGGGCCAGACGCAGCCGGCUGAACAACUGGAUGCGAAAUAAAGUCGCAACAAAUGGUUACACAGGGGCCCCUUUGGCACCGUCUGGUAAAUCCUCCACAUUCCUGAAGCAGCAGACUCAAGAUGGGAGCACUGGCUCGCUGUCCCACGUUGGCAAAGCCCAGCCCUCUGUCAGCCACAGUAUCCCCAUGCUGGCCAGACGAGGCAGCAGGGACAACAACCUGCAAGACUUUGUGCCAACACCUCCAGUUGUCUCCCUCAACACUUCCCCCAGCACUGUGUCAUUCCACCUUGGGGAGAGUCCAUAUCAACAUGAAAGGUCGCAGUCGAAUGGCUCCUUGGCUCACAUUGCCAACAGACCUAGUUUCACUCAGUCUCAUUCUUAUACUCCCUAUGUAGGCCAAAGCACCUCCUCCCCUCCUGCAGUCUCUCCAAGCUUGAGUAAGGUCAACUCAUCUGGUCAGCUUCUUGCCAGCAACACCAUUCCUCGAAAUGGCCAGUCCUCUUUCAAAAUGUACAGCUCCGUAUCAGGCAAUCACCUGACGCCACAGACAUCUCCCGCGACAACACCAGGUCAAGAAACCUCUGAGCCUAAGAUUGUCCGCAGCGACUCUCGAGACAUUCUGAACAACAACCUUAACUCUUUCAACCAUAACCAGCUGGUUACUUCCACACCGGGCGGACCAGCUCUUAAAGUGGUCAACGCCCAGCAUGUGCUAACCAUGAAUAACCACCUCGAGGACUCAGAUGCCACCAGUCUUGAUUCUCUUCCCCGCACCCUGAAUCUGUCGUCUAUCCCCAAAUCUUUCAACGAUAGAAGUCCUGACCAGGAUGUCAGCAGCGUGGAAACAGACUCUCUGUUUGGCAAAGAAGGCAGCCCAGUCAGUGAUGGUCCAGAGCCUGUCAGUGAGAAGAGACAGAGCAAAAAGAAAAAGUUUUUGCCGAAGUUUCUCCAGAAACACAAAGUGAAAACUUCCUAAAUAGCCUUACAGUUAGUUUGCUUUAGUUUUUGUUGACAUGCGCUGUGUUUCGUUUUGUUUUGUUGUUUUUUUUUAUUUUUUCUUUGUUUUUUUUGUUUUGUUUUGUUUUUUUACUAAUGUUGCUAUAGUUUUAUAGCAUCGGCAUAAUUUUUUACGUUACAUAUUUUAUAAUGUGCUGAUUUAUAUUGUUGAAUAUUUAACGUUCACUUGUGUUAGAGUACUCCAGUCUCUAAAUAGAUGUCCCUUGACCUAGUGUUUAUAUAUAAUGUUCUUCCUUUCCUUUUGUCAAACAUUUGUUUGUGGCCACUCUGUAGGAGAUCUGUUUUCAUCUCAAUCUCUGUUUGGGUACAUCCAAGAUCCUCUUUUUCUCAGAUUUUAUUGAAUCCAACCAACUGUGAUGUCAAGCCAUAUUCAAAUAUUCUUUUUUUUUUUGGUUCUAAUUGUAAAUAUACACUCCAAAGUAUCAUAAUAUAAAGUUAGAAGUAAAUGUGAAUGCGAUAUUUCUCCUUCACAUUUUUACUGUCUGUAUAUAGACUAAACACUGACAAAACUUUUAUAUCAAGCACAGCUUUUUUUUUUUUAGGAUUGUGUCCCUUUGAUUGUGUUGUUUGUUUUUUUUUGUAUUUAUAUAUAUAUAUAUAUAUUUUAUUGUUUGUGUGUUAGAAUAGUAAAAUAACAAAUGUUUAUUUCUGUUCUCUUAUCAUGCAAAUAAUAUCAACAUUUUAAUGAAAUGAUUCUAACUUGAUGAUUCGCAAUUAUAAAUUUGAUUGAUCUCAGUUUGUAAUGAUAACUACUUCGCUUUGGCAGUCUGGACACCUGAGAAUAGAACAAUAUAAGGCAGUAAUUAUAGUCAGCUUCUCCUUCAAGCUUGUUUUAUCUCAUCAUUUUUUUUAUCUCUUCUUGAUCUUGCAUCUGAUUUUAAAAUAUUGAUACUUUAGCCACAGAUCAUGUGAUUUAAUUGACUUUUUUUUUUUAAAUUUUAAAAUCAUGUGCCCAUAACUGGACCUCAGUGUAGCGGUUAGAGUUGUGUUCCUUUAGGCUGGGAAAGUAGUUUGUUCCCAUAGUAGUUUUUUGACAGUUUUCCUAGACAUCUGUUUCAGUUAUGACUCUUACUGCUGGGCUACUUCCUUGCUCUUUUUACUUGUGGCCUUAGGGCCCAAAUCUAGUCCAAAGGAAUUCAUAUUUUGAUCAUUAGAAAUGAAAUGAGUAGCUUAGAAAUUAUCUGAAAACUUUUUGUUGCUUUCAUAACAUUAUCUUUAAAAAAAAAAAUUGUUUUUUUUUAUGCCAAAACUAAUGACAACAGAAGCAUUAAUUUGUCUGACUCAUGGUCUGAUCGUAAUGACUUCAUCAAUGACAUUUGGUGAAAAAGACUAGCUGUGUGAUAUUUUCUGCAGGUUUUUUUGAAAGUCAAACACAAUUUUGGCUUUGUUCUUUUUCUUUCUGAUUUUUAAAUAAAGCACUAAAAUUGAUGUCACAAAGAAGAUUUGUUAAUAGUCUUCUUUUGUAGUGAACUAGUUUGAAAAAUGACAAAGAGUUUGAACUAGAAAUGAUCUGAGCUGGUUUCUCAGAGCUGAUGUGUCUGUUUUUUUGUUUCCUUGCAUUCCUCCCUGUGUCAUUCCUUCGUAACACAUGAUGUCUUUGAAAAUGUUUUGUUGUAAUCUAAGUGAAAUUAGGAUUUUUAUACUGAACCUAGAACUGUGCUUAAAUGAUUAAACUGUGAGACUGUACAGUCAUACUUACGUUUACAUGAGAUACUUCUGUACAAAAAAAAAGUAAACAUGACUUUUUUUUGUAAGUAUCCUUUUCUCCUUUCAAUUUUAGAAAUCAAAUAUUUUUAUGGACCUUUCCUUCUAUUUGCAACAUUUUCUUGUUGUCAAAUUUUUUUCCUUUUUUAAUUUGUUAAAAUUCUAUACAAAGUUUCAGAUAUUUUACCCAAAUUUUAAAUAAAUUGUUUCAAUAAAAGUUGGUGCUUUUUAAGUGCCGUUGUGGAACAAAAAGCCUGUCACUUUAAAUUAUUUCGUUUAGCAUUGGGCAAUAGCUAGGCUCCCUAGUUCUCUUUGGCAAAUAUUUCCUAAUCACACUUCUCAGUUCUUACCUCAGUUUUGAACUCUGACAUCAGCUUAUGCUGGUGAACUUGAUAUAUUCUCUACCAGAGGCGUCGCUGGGGGGAGUAUUUAAAAUUCCCCCAGGCCCCCACUUGAGGAGGGUCCCAAAUGAGUGUUGUUGUUUUUUACAUUAAAUAUUAUGCAAAAUAAUGGCGAAUUCCUAGCUACGCCCCUGUUCUGCACACAGUGAUGCAUCAGCAGAUAACAUUUUCUUGUUUUAUAAUAAAUGCAAAUUAAGUGAAACUAAAACCAUAACAUAAAUGUUGUAGACAUUGUCUCAGUCUGAACCAAUGGCUUACAAUAGGUUCAUACUAGGAGAAGGUGUUCUAAUCCUAUUUAAACAUUGUCUUCAAACAAGCAGACAAAUAAAUGUUUAUCCCAAAUCUUGUAGUGGCAUCUAUUUGAUUAGCUUGUAGUUGCUUUUUGGCUUUGUUUUUUUUUUCUGAUCACAUAUUUCCCUAUCUGUUCAAUUCUUUUAUUGAUAUAUUUAUAUAUAUUUAUUCUCUCAAUCAAUUUUCUUUUUAAUCUAUUAAGUAAUUUUGUAAAUGUGUAUAAUGUCUGCUCCAAAUAUGUACAUCCAAUAUUUUCUAAACUUUUAGUAUUGUUUUAGUUUGUUUCUUAUUUUUACAUACACUGUAGAUCUUGUUUUUUUUUAAAUUUCAAUCAACAUUUUUUUGUAUUCCUGAACUUUAUUGUGUGGCCUCAAGGACAAGUUCCAAGAACUCUUUGAUCCUAGCCUGUUGUUCCUACCAAUGCAAUCAUGUACAUUCACUGGUUUUAUUCCCAUGUUAAAUUUGAUUCCAUUGUCAGCCUGCUGUCAUUAUCAUUUAUUUGUCCUAUUUUUUUGUUGCUUUAAAUUUACACUGGUUGUGAUUUACUUAUCUCCCUUUCCUCAACUUCUGCCAAAUUCAGGAAGUAGAUUGCUAAAUAAGAAAAAGGGUUGGGGGGGGGGAUGUUACACAAAAAUCACUAGAUAUCUGUAUUAAUUAAUUACUAAAAGUAUAGGUUGAUGACUUGAUAGUGUUAAAGUAGAUCAAAUAUGGUAGAUACUCUAAAUACUCUUUGUAAAUUUCUAAUAUACAGACUAAACUAAAUGUAUCAAUGUACAUCACCAGAGUUUCAGUUGUCAUUCUGGUGCAUUCACUAUUUGCUAAUAUUUGUUUUUAGUGAUUUGAUUAGGUACAGUAAGUGUCAAUCAGUUUUGAAUGAGUUUCCUGAUGACAUGUCCAUCUUUAAGUCAACAGUCCCCUAACUUUUUCAGCCCAGGGGCCAUUGAAAUAUCUGAAAAGUAUGUCACAGGCUACAUUAUUGUAUAAAAAAAAAUUAUAAUCCAAUGGAACUGAGUCUCGACGGAGUGUGAAAAGAAUUUUCAAACGACUAAGUAGCAUGGUGUCAAGGGUCAGAUAUGGCCCUCAGGCUUUAGUUUGGGCAUCACUGGUUUAAGUUCCUUGAUCUAGAUGUAUCAAUAUUUUCAUCCCAAUAGUUGUGUGAUUCUUUUAUACAUGGACUUAAUCCCAUCUUUUUUUAAAAAUUUAUUUUAGAAAGUUUUUCUGUUUCAAAUUCUAAGACUUUUGUUUGUUUGAGUUGAAAAACAAUAACAAAAAUAAAUGUUUUUUUGUAUUUUUUUUAAAUGACAUGUUUUAGUCUAAAGUCUAAGGACUUGUCAUGAAAUAAAUCUGCACAUAUUUGGCUUGUUCCACAAUCUGCAUCUCUGUGCUCCAAUUGUAUUGACCAUUGACACUCUGAUUCCCUUUCAGCACAUAGAUUUAUUGUUCUCCUGAAGCCAGCACAUCAGCAUCUCUAGACAUGGGGGCUCAUUUUGUUCCCAUUUAUAGCAAGAUGAUAUUGUGAUAAUUGCUAAGACAUAUUUCUUAUUUUUAGAAAUCUAUUUUCACUGACAUAUAUACAAAAUCUUAAAACUCUGGGUGUUACUAGAGGGGAAAUGACUAUAAAGUAGGUCUGCGGUUUGUUUGUAUUCUUUUUUUUUUUAAUGGCUCACAUGAACUGUUUUUUUAUUCAUGCUAUCUCAAAGCUGUUUUAAAUGUUUCAAGAUUUGUUAAGAUCAUUAUGUGAUUUGUUUGUUGUUUAAGGACUACACCAGUAGAAAUAACAGCAACAUGUAUAGGGUUGGGUGAAAUGGGGAGGCUGAUCCGUGCCAUGACUAGAUUUAUGUAUAGAGAUAAUUCAGCUGCUGACAGCCAUGUCCAUCUUCUAAUAAAAUACAGUAAAGAAAGUUUC